AUGGAUCAGGAACAUCAAAAGGUCUCUGACACAGGCAUCGAACACAAAACUACCAAUGAAUCAAGCGCAAGUGCUACCUCGUCCACAGUACCCCAUUCUCCUUCUUAUCAGGUGCCCCCAUAUCGAGUUGGUGUGACCGAGCCCGGUGGGCCAUUGUCAAGAUCCCAGUCCAAACUCGAGGCGAGGGACUACCAUGAGGGCAAUCGAUUUCCUCGGAUCUCACGCCCUGUAGAACUACUGCGCCAUACAUACGAUGUCGUCGUGAUCGGAUCAGGGUACGGUGGCGGUGUUGCAGCAUCGAGAAUGGCCCGUGCAGGCCAAUCUGUGUGCAUUCUCGAGCGUGGAAAAGAAAGGUGGCCCGGAGAGUACCCUUCAAACCUUGCCGAAGCUGCACCCGAAAUCAGUGUCUCCGGGCUAUUUGCGCCAGGAGACAACCCAGGCAUGCCGGUGCAGAUAGGGGACCCGACGAAGCUGUACCAGCUAGUCAUGGGCGCCGGCCAAAAUGCAUUCGUCGCGAGCGGCCUCGGAGGAACAAGCCUUUUGAACGCAAACGUCUUCCUGAAAGCUGAUCCAGGAGCUAUGAGCCUACCAGAUUGGCCGAAGAAUCUUAGACAGGAGGGUGCUUUGGACGAAUAUUACGAACGUGCGGCUCACAUGCUGCAGCCCGAACAAUACCCCGAGGACUUCCCUCCUUUAUUGAAGCUUGAGCUCUUGAAGCAACAGGCGGAGCUCUUAGGACUGUCAAAACACUUCUAUCGAGUUCCGCAAACAACAAGAUUCGAGAACGGCCCAAAUAACGCUGGAGUUCAAAUGCAAGCCAGCGCGCUCACAGGCAUGGACAGUACCGGUGUCAAUGAUGGGAGCAAGUCAUCGACCCUUGUCACAUACUUAAGCGACGCUUGGAAUUGGGGCGCCGAGAUCUUUUGUGAAUGCGAAGCUCGAUACAUCAAGAAACAUCCUACUCAAGACGGCUACAUCGUCUUUUUCGCCUGGCACGGGAGCAAGCGGGGUCUCUUCAAGAACAACAUCUACAAUGAUCUUAUGUGGGUACAUGCGAAGAAGUUUGUUUUCAUGGGUGCUGGAGCCCUGGGAACUACUGAGAUCCUUCUCCGAAGCAAAGCCCUUGGAUUGAAAAUGAGCUCGCGAGUCGGCAAAGACAUGAGCGGGAACGGAGAUAUCCUCGCCUUUGGAUACAAUACAAAUUGCGAGGCGAACGGCCUCGGGAGAGACUCUCCUAGUCCGGACAAACCUAUCGGUCCCACAAUUACCGGGGUGAUCGACUGCCGUGAGCAGCAGAAUCCCCUCGAUGGCUUUGUCAUCGAAGAAGGAGCCAUUACGCAAGCACUGGUCCCUGUGCUACAGGCAAUGUUGGAGUCGCUGCCUGGGAAGAUCAUCCCGAAGCCAUACUCUUUGAAAGAUCAGGUGAUGCACUUCCUCGCUCGUCAGCAAAGUCGGAUCUACCCAUAUGCCCCAAUGGGAAGUUUGGAGAAGACUCAAACCUAUCUCAUCAUGUCCCAUGACAGUAACCAAGCAGUAAUGAAACUGGGAGAGAAUGACAGACCAACCUUGACCUUCCUUGGAGUAGGACGGAGCGACCACGUGCAGUAUCUCAACGGGAUUCUCGCAAAGGCUACCAACGCUGUAGGAGGAACGUAUGUCAACUCCCCCUUCUUCGCAGCGCUGGGCGAACAAGAGAUCACUGUCCACAUCAUGGGCGGAGCGACAAUGUCUAAUGACGGUACUGGUGUCAAUGGCGCAGUUGAUCAAUUUGGUCAGCUGCUCAAAGGAACAGGAAAAGACGUCCACAACGGAAUUGUAGUCAUGGACGCAGCCAUCCUCCCCACCGCUCUUGGCGUCAACCCGUUUGCGACUAUUACUGCUCUUGCAGAACGAUCGGUUGAGGCAGCAGCCAAACGCGAGAAUUUGACGAUCGACCUUGUGACCCAAAAUGGGACUUUGGACUUGUUUGACAGACCAGCACAUUCGAAGCCAUUUAGCAAAGACCUUUACAAGGCAGAGAGAAUUGUUCACAUGGCUGUGGAGUCAGAAGCUGAAGGUAUCGAGUUCACGGAAGUCAUGGCUGGCUACAUCAACACUGAAGACCAGGUGGACACCGGGAAUGCGACGUCCGAUUUCGUGGUGGCUACGGACGCCGCUCGAGCCGCCGGUAGCACUGCAAGGUUCUUUCUCAGCUGUCAUGCCUGGGAUACGGACGAGUUGAUCGGGAGAUCCGACCAUCCUGCAAUGCUUACAGGCACUUUCACUUGUGCUGGUCUUCCAGGAUCGCCCUUCAUGGUACUACGCGGCGAUUUCAAUCUAUUCAAUCAGGAUAAGCGAACGCCAGACACCACAAACUUGACUUACGACUUUGACAUGAUCUCCACGAGGGGUGAAGUGAUCCAUUUCCAUGGCUACAAAGUGGUCGAUCGGUCCAUUGCCUUUCAUCCUUGGCAGACAUGGAAGGCCACUUCUACACUGUACGUCACACUCACAAAGGAAGAUCAAGUCAUUGGCAAAGGGACUCUGCAUAUUGAGCCACAAGACUUCAUAUCUGAGCUGUCGACAUUCACACCGCAUGGCCCGACGAUGCUGUCAAAGGCAUUUUCAACUGGCAAGUUCUUGACCUUCUUUACCAAACAGGUCUUGGCCAAUUUCUUGGGGCCCUUGGGUAUCAUGCAAUUUCCCACAACAACAUACCGCGGUUACGAAGUGAACAAGAAGCCGCCAAUCGAGACCAGGAAAAUCACAUCGGUGGACAGGGUCGUGUCGACUCUUCAGCGAUGGGCUCCCAAAGAUCCAUCGUCAGGUGACCGCAAGGUGCUUUUCAUUCCCGGUGCCUCUGUGGACCACCAGAUCUUUGCUCUUCCUACAAUUGAUGUGAAUGCAGUAGAGUACUUUCAAGCAGCAGGCUACGAAGUGUUCUGCGUUACUCAUCGCACCGGCAAAACGCCCAAUGCUCAGAGAGGAUUCACCACGUACGACGCGAGACUUGACAUCCAAGCGGCUUUUGAAGAAAUACACCGCAUCCAGGGCUCCAAAGAUCCCAUCUAUACCGUGGCUCACUGUGCUGGUUCCGUCGCAUUAUCGGCCGGGCUGCUCGAUGGUACGAUCAAGGCAAGCUGGAUUAGAGGUUUAACCGCUUCCCAGGUUUUCUUCAACCCGAUCUUCGGAACCGUCAACAAGCUCAAGGCAUCUAUGCCCAUCUCGUUGACUCGGGUCUACAAGUUGCUAGCAGGAAGUUGGUUCUCCUGCAUUUCCACAGAGCAUGAUUCCUUGAUCCAACGUCUGCUGAACCAAGUAGUCCGACUUUAUCCAGUCGGGUCACCUCGAGAGCUGUGCAAUAGCGUCGUCUGCCACAGGUCUGAGCUCGUUUUCGGAAGGCUGUGGUCUCAUAAGCGUUUGAACGCUGCAACGCACGACAAUCUCUCCAAAUUCCUCGGUGGCACCAGUAUGAACGCACUCAACCAACUCAUGUACCAGGGGACUCACGGUUAUGUGACCAACAAUAUCCUGGAAUCGCUCGUCACGCCGGCAAAUCUUCAGCGGCUCAGAGGUCUUCCGAUUCUGUUCAUCUCAGGUGCUGAUAACGUGGUCUAUACUCCGGAGAAUACUGAUAGGUCCUACACCACCAUGACGACGACAUUCGGACAGAAGGGCUAUGAACGGGAAGUAUUCCCCGGAUAUGGGCAUCUGGACUGUUGGAUGGGCUCAGACGCUGUAAAAGACGUCUACCCUACCGUGCUUGCCCAUGCCGAAAGGAUCUAUAAUGGUGAUGUGGAUGGCUAG